UAACAACUACCAAUCUUUCCCGAAAACAAGAAACAAACGAGUUUCACAAACUGAGUUAAAUCACCUCGAGUUUGUCACUCAUGUCUCUCUUUCUUUCUUUUGUUUCUUCUCAAUUUCAUUUUCUUGAAACCACUAACGCUGCGCUACCCAUAAUAACAAACUUGACUCGGCCGAUUCACUUCAAAUACUUGACUCAUUUACUUCUUACCAUGCUGAAAGGCAAGCUCAAGCUCACUGAAAAAGCUAGACGAGUGUUCCCUGACAGCCUUGGUAGCUUGGUAUCUGGUCUUCAAGAUGAUGAAGAUGAAGGGUAUAGAGGGUUAGACUCAGUUUUUGAAUGUGGAGAGGAGCUUGAGAUUAUGGAACCCAAUGGAACUGAGUUAAGUAAGGAGAAGAGUGAUUAUGAAUUCCAAUAUGAAUAUGAUGAUGACGAUGUGAGUGUUUGUGAUGAUGAGAAAAGAAUUGAAAAAGAUGUACCCGGUCAGGGUCAUGUUUCUGUUAUGGAGGUUAUUGCUGCUGAUGAGAAAAGGUCUGAUCUUGAACAUGAGCUUUCUCAGAAGGAGAUAAAUAUAGAGAAAUUGAAGAGACUUGCUAGUACAGGCCUCCCUGAUGGAGGAGGUUUACGUGCAACAACUUGGAAGCUUCUCUUAGGUUAUUUACCUCCUUCUCGUGAUUUGUGGGAAAAGGAGCUGACUGAGCAUAGACAAAAAUAUGCCAAGCUGAAACAGGAGCUUCUAUUGAGUCCUUCAGAGCUCACUAAGAUAAAUAAUGGUGCAAUGAAUUCUGAUGAGCUAAAUGCUGAAGGUGAUGUUGCUGGACCACUUCAGAGACAUGAAAUUUCUCAUGAAGAUCACCCGUUGAGUGUUGGUAAGGCUAGUGCUUGGCAUCAGUACUUCCAGCAUACAGAGAUUGCAGAUCAGAUCGAUCGUGAUUUGCAGCGCACGCACCCAAAUAUGAAAUUCUUCUCCGGGGAUUCAUCAUUCAGUAAGAAAAAUAGGGAUGCAAUGAGGAAUAUUCUUCUCUUAUUUGCAAAGCUAAAUCCUGCUAUUCGUUAUGUUCAAGGCAUGAAUGAGGUCUUGGCACCAAUUUUCUAUGUAUUCAGUACCGACCCUGAUGAGCAAAAUGCUGCAAAUGCGGAAGCAGAUAGUUUUUCUUGUUUUGUUCGACUACUGAGCGAUUCAGUGGAUCACUUUUGUCAACAGUUGGAUAAUAGUCCAGUUGGUAUCCUAUCCACCCUUUCCAGAUUGGCAGAUUUGCUGAAAGCAAACGAUGAGGAAUUGUGGCGGCAUCUUCAGUUCACAACCAAGGUUGAACCACAAUUCUACGGGUUCAGGUGGAUCACAUUGUUACUUACUCAAGAGUUCGAUCUCCAGUCCAUCUUAAGAAUUUGGGAUUGUCUUCUGAGUAAUCCUUCCGGCAUUCAGGAUAUGCUUUUGAGGAUCUGUUGUGCAAUGUUGUUAUGUGUGAAAAGCAGGCUGUUAAGUGGGGACUUUGCAGCCAAUUUGAGGCUUUUACAGCACUAUCCUGGAAUCAACAUAAAACACCUUCUCCAGGUAGCUCGGGAUCUUAGUCCUGAUGCUUCAUCCUAUCCUUCUUCUCCGUAAACUAACUGCUGUUUGUAUGCAAGUGUGUCUUCUAAGACAAGCUUUGCGAUACACAAGAUUGAGGAAUCACAGACUUUCUCACAAAACACCUUUUUCAUUUUUCCUGUUGUUUUCUUAACCUGCAGCAAUGAGUAUUUAAUUCUUUC